GGGCACCGGCAACCCGCCUACACACGUCCCGGGUCGCCCCUGCCCAGCUGGGGGCGGGAGGGUCGGAGCUAGCGAGGAGGGGCGGGGAGUGAGGCCGGAUUUAUGAAUGGAGAGAGAGGCCUGCGCGCCGGCCCAGCGACCCCUGGCGGCCGCCGGGGCGCACCGCGGCCCCGAGGACUCACGGGGGGACCGGCCGGGCCUGAGGGGCCUGGCUGCUGGGCCUGGGGCUCUCGCCUGGCUCCCAGGGAGGUCUUCAGUUCCUCCCUGCACCCCUCUCCUCACCGCGCACGUGUGUGUGUGUCUCACCGGCGAGGGUCUGGCCGACCUGGUGGGCGGGGUCUGGGUCUCCAACACGGCCCUCGACCAUUUUUUCAAUCAAAACUUCAGGCCUGUGAACUGACUCGGGAGAGAACAUAUGCAAUCGGGAUGGCUUCCCCUCCCAAUCUGUGGUGUUCGGUGGAUUCAGACAGACCUGGUAUAGCAGCUUUGUGGCCUUGAGGAAGGGGCUCAACCUCUCUGAGCUACCAUCUCCCCGUCGGAAGGCAGAGUUCCCUGAUAAGGGUAACCAGCAACGGCCGGGAAGCCGGCGUCCCGCGCCAGUUUCUGGGCAAAGCACUUGGUGUGCUUUAGAGCUCAUUAUUCCUCACCGCGGCCCUAGGUACAGUUCUGACUCCAUUGGACAGAUGGGGAAACCGAGGCUGAAAGGGGCGCGGUAAGUUACCCAGGAGUAGCUUGUGUGGACUUGGGAUGCAAGCCAGGUCUGUCUUUGUCCACUGAUAACCCACACCACUGUGAGAAUUAAGAGGGAGCUUAUAUGCAAAUACCUGGCGCACUCCCUGAUGUUUCCUGUCUUCCUUCCUCCCUCCCUUGCUUCAGGAGGUUUGGGGCUGGGACCCCAAAGACCUGGGUGCAAGACUCUGGGUCCCCUGAGGGAAGCGGGCUGAGGCCGGUCCGGGCUCCCCUCCCUCCGCGGAGCCCAGGAUGCCCCUCGUCCGCAGACUCUCCUGAGCUCAUGGAGCCCUCAGCCACCCCAGGGGCCCAGACGGGGGUCCCCAGUGGUAGCGCGGAACCGUCCCCGCUCCCUCCCGACUACGAAGACGAGUUUCUCCGCUACCUGUGGCGCGAUUAUCUGUACCCGAAGCAGUACGAGUGGGUCCUCAUUGCAGCCUAUGUGGCGGUGUUCCUCGUGGCCCUGGUGGGCAACACGCUGGUCUGCCUGGCAGUGUGGCGGAACCACCACAUGAGGACGGUCACCAACUACUUCAUCGUUAACCUGUCCCUGGCCGACGUGCUGGUGACGGCCAUCUGCCUGCCGGCCAGCCUGCUGGUGGACAUCACUGAGUCCUGGCUCUUUGGCCAUGCCCUCUGCAAGGUCAUCCCCUACCUACAGGCCGUGUCUGUGUCAGUGGCAGUGCUGACUCUCAGCUUCAUCGCCCUGGACCGCUGGUAUGCCAUCUGCCACCCGCUGUUGUUCAAGAGCACCGCCCGGCGCGCCCGUGGCUCCAUCCUGGGCAUCUGGGCUGUGUCACUGGCUGUCAUGGUGCCCCAGGCUGCUGUCAUGGAAUAUAGCAGUGUGCUGCCUGAGCUAGCCAACCGUACCCGCCUCUUCUCUGUCUGUGACGAACACUGGGCAGACGACCUCUAUCCCAAGAUCUACCACAGUUGCUUCUUCAUUGUCACCUACCUGGCCCCGCUGGGCCUCAUGGCCAUGGCCUAUUUCCAGAUCUUCCGCAAGCUCUGGGGCCGCCAGAUCCCCGGCACCACCUCGGCCCUCGUGAGGAAGUGGAAGCAGCCCUCAGACCAGUCGGAGGACCAGGGGCAGGGCCUGAGUGCAAAGCCCCAGCCUCGGGCCCGCGCCUUCCUGGCCGAGGUGAAGCAGAUGCGAGCUCGGAGGAAGACGGCCAAGAUGCUGAUGGUGGUGCUGCUGGUCUUCGCCCUCUGCUACCUGCCCAUCAGUGUCCUCAAUGUCCUCAAGAGGGUCUUUGGGAUGUUCCGCCAAGCCAGCGACCGAGAAGCCGUCUACGCUUGCUUUACCUUCUCCCACUGGCUGGUGUAUGCCAACAGCGCCGCCAACCCCAUCAUCUACAACUUCCUCAGCGGCAAAUUCCGGGAGCAGUUUAAGGCUGCCUUCUCCUGCUGCCUGCCUGGCCUGGGUCCCUGCAGCUCUCUGAAGGCCCCCAGCCCCCGCUCCUCUGCUAGCCACAAGUCCCUGUCCUUGCAGAGCCGAUGUUCCGUCUCCAAGGUCUCGGAGCAUGUGGUGCUCACCAGCGUCACCACAGUGCUGCCCUAAGUGAGGACUGCCCUGGUGGCUCCAGGCAGUACAAACUGUUCCCAGCUGGGCUGUUCCUCUGGCUCCUGGGGGACCCAUCUCUACUCCUGUGGAAAGACUGCUGGAUGUAGUCGAGGCUGGGGCUCCAGUCCUGGUUUACUGCCUGUUUGACUCUGGGCAAGUCACUUCCCUUCUCUGAGCUGUGUCCCCUAAGCAGGAGUGAUGUGAGGAUUAAGCGUGCUCAAGAAAAUGGAAAGCUCUUUGUAAACCGUAGAGUAUUGUGGACAAGAUUCUCACUGUAGUCGUCUUACUUGGCCAUACCUCACAGUACUAUCCGUCCCCAUCAUCCUUCCAGAGCUUGGCCUUCCUCCCAAAGACCCUCUCCUACCCAAUUACAGGCCUUCCCCUGAGUCUGCUGUAAGGGUCCCAGCAGGCAUUUCCAUCUGGCCCAGUGGCUCCUUAAAGCUCGGGCUGCACUUGCCAGCUACUCUGAGGUCUGUGUGAGCUAAUCUAGGCUCGGCCCAUCCCCAGGGGGAACACAGCCCCACCCUCACCAGGUGCCAACUGCAUGCACCAUAGACUGAACCCUGUUGGCUUUGUGGUGUGAUAAAACUCUCCAUGUGGCCAUUUGGCAUGGAGGCCAGCAGCCUGACGCAACUGUAAUUAAAAGCCUGGCACCGAACGUUCCCUUUCCUUGUCAUUGCACAAAAUCUGUGCUGCUUAGGUUAGGAGUGAGAAGGUAGGGAUGCUGGGGAGGGGAGAAGACAUGGCAGCACUGGGAUGCUGUUCUCUGCUGACCACUCCCGCCUCCCAUCCCCAACACUCCAGGCCGAUGGGCUGCUAGCCAGGCCUCAGAGUGUACGUGGGGCUGCCUCCUCAGGCAGUGCCCAACCUCUGAUCCCAGGCCCUCGACCUUGACACAUCUGUCUGCUCACCGGCCCAGCAGCCUAUGGAAGGUAAGGGGGUAGGGUGGGCACACAGUGGGGUUAGAGGACUGAUUAUCACCUUCACCUUCUUGGAAAUCAGGGCUUGCAUUUAUUUUCUACGAACUCACAAUAUAAAGACAAAGCCACAGACUUGGCUAGACAUUCUCCGCCUGCCACCAAGAGGAUUAGGGACUGCCAGAGGCCCUGAUCCUUGGUGCCAAAGCAGGAGGUGCAAUGAAGCACUACUCUUCUGAGAGAAGCGGGAGACAUUUGGCAGAGCCAGCUUGGCCAUGCGCACCACCCGGUCUGCUUAACUUGAUUAAUGGGGCUGUGGGUUCCUUCUGACCUCACCCGUCAGGAAGUGGGGCAAACCAUGGUCCUGGCAGGGGCCCAGCCCAGGAAUGCAUAAGCAGCCCUCUUCUUAGGCACCACACUUUAUCCAGAGCGAGUGGAAGGCGUGGUCUAAGUAUGUCAUCCCACUCUCCACAUGGCUCACCAGCCCAGCUCUCACGGACUCUUCUACAGAUGUGCAGUUGGUGCCAGGCAGGAUGGGCUGUCCUGCCCAUGCCACACUCCUGCUGACCUUAGGAUCCAAAGCUGUUGGGAAAUUUUGUAGCCAGGCUUGCAGGUGCAGAGUGCCACAUGAGGUGAGGGCUGGUCCCAAGCUCAGAACCAACCAUGCCCACAAGGACCAACCCAGGCACUGGGCUCCUCAGGCCUUGCUGGGCACAAGGGCGAGAGACGAUGAUGGGCACAGUUUUAAAGACAGUUUUCAGUAGACACUGGGCUCAGUGGGAGCAAAGAAAUAACAGAAGAUUCCCCUAAGGUUACAGUGCUACUCUGCUCUGCUGGUUGAACCCAGCACCACAGUAGGCCUCAGGCUGCCAUUUUGGGGGACUGGUGAAAAUUCAGGGGAGGUGAUCAGGAUGCCAAGGGGAGUGAUGCCCAGUGAAGAGUUGCUGAAGAGCCUGGGACUGUCCAGCCUAGGGAAGGGAGGACUUGGGGGGAAAUGUGGUGGCAGGUUCUAGAUAUCUAGAGGGUUGACAUGCAAAAAGGGGUGAUGUAUGUUCUGAUAGCCCAAGAGAGAAAACCAUAGCAAAUGGGUGGUGUUUUCAAGGUGGCAGGAUUUGGAAUCCACAUCAGGAAGAAAUUUCUACCAGUCAAGAGGAAGUGGGCUGCCUGGAAAUGCACUGAGUUGCCAUUGGAGCCUGGCAAGCAGAGGCCAGAUGCACUGGGGGGCCAUGGAGAAGAGUCUGGCUCCGGAUGGAGGCUGGCCUCUGGGAAUGGAUGCCAUCUAAUUCUAGGAUCCUAGCACUACAGAGAAUGGGGCUGAUGUGGCUGAGCCUGACAAACCUGGUGGGCCUCACUGAGCUGCCAACAGUCAUAGCUACUUCCCCGGACCCCCCAGUGCAGGGAGCGGUGCCGUGAUCAGGGCCCGGAGUUCUUAUCUUCACCCCCAAAGCAAAAGGAUUCUCAUCACACCAUUACCCAUAUAAGGUCCCCCAGGCAAACCGGAAUGUCUGGUGUCUUGACUUUUGAUUGAAAUUUGUCAGACCACCAUAGACAUUCAGAGCAGACUGGUUAUCAUGCCGAUCUGAAAAUCCAGCUGGCAAGUACAGAUGUCUGUGCUUAAUAAAAAUGGGGGAGAAGUUAUGACUUAAUAAAUGCAGUUGGUCUGGGAGAUAAAACUAGGGCUUGAGAUAAUAAAAAGGCCAUGCUGUAAAAAGCGUGGGGUGGCUACUUCCAGGCCAGAAUGCCAGCCCGAAAACUGUUAUAAAACACACAAUCAGCUUCUUGUGCUGACCCCCAGCCCGUACUGAACUGAACCUGGCAGACCCCUACUUCACCCUGGUAAAUAAGAGCAGCCCCGUGUAGACCAUGUCCCCCGGAGCUGCUUCUUUCUGCAUGGCGUGGUAUACAGUACGUACUUAAAUACUUGUCGAACGAAAGAAUGGUGACUGAAUGGAUAAGCAUAUGAACCUGUGGCUGGGAAGGUGUGGAGGAAAAACACAGAACUUUAUAUUUUUUAUAUUUUUAUUGAAGCUUACAGUUUCACUGAACUUUUGGCCCCAAAUGGAAAAACCACAAAUAAAAAAAAAAAAA